GUUACUGUGCGGUGGGCUACAUCCCUUUUCGUUUGUUGGCACUUUUUCACUUCUUAGAAGACCGUCUGAAAGGAGAUACCGCAGCUGUCACACCUCGUUUGUCCACACAGCAUCUCAUCUGAGUUUUUUCAACUGCCUCAACCGAUCGCCACCAGCAUCACGUUCGUCCACAUAGCAUCACAGCAACUGCCACAACCAACGUGCCACAAGAGCCACAUCAAGCGUUUUUUCUUUGGUUUGCUACACAAGCAGCGUUUUUUGGUUCAUCGCUCAACCGGCUGUUCAUCAAAUCAACGUUUUGGUUUGCAUCACAGCAUCACGUUUGCAUCACAGCACCACUAGUGUCAGCAACACAUUUUUUAAUAAAGCAGCAUAUCGCACUACACGGCAUAUAACAACACAUUAAGGUACGUGGUUUAAUUUCAUUGCACUUGUGUGUGUACAAAUCGUCAAAAAUAAAUAAAAAACUGUGGUGAUAUACAUAUUUUGGAAAAAAACGCGCGUGAUUAUUGUGUAAAGCAAAAAAGGGGAGAAAACACUCAGUGCUUAUUAUUUUUUUUAAAUAAAAAUUAGAACACUUUUCACGUUUUAGUGGGGUACCGGCUAACAUUAACGAAUUUCGCGAACGUCCAUUUUGAUUCGUGAUACGGUGUUGUUUGUGUAAAAAUACCAGUCGCAUUUACCGAAGCACAAGAUUGAUAAAAUUUAUUCCUUUCUUGCAAAGCACAGAAUUUAGUUUUUUCUCAUUUUACUGGCUUUCACUUUUAUUUGCAUUUUAUUAAUCGCGUAACUUCAAGUAGAUUUUGCGAAACUCCUUUGGUUUCUUUUCACAUUGCACUUGUCUAUUAUUAGUGGCGCGCUUGUACAUAUUGCUGAUCACUUCACUGGGUUGUUUCCCCCAUUUAUUUGUUGGUUGCAUAAAAUCACAGCCGCGCUUAAACAAACACAAUUUCUUCAUAAGAAAUUUUUAAAAUAAACUGCAUAUUUUGAAUAUCAAUUAUUUACACACGUAUAUCACAUAUUUGAUAAGUUGGGUGGCGAGUGACUUGCACAUUUUUUGCAUAUACGCACAUACACAUACGUAAUUACGUAUUCGACAGUCUUAUUUGGCUGGAAAAUAAAUAAAUCGUUAUUUAAAUACACAAGUUAUCUUUUGUUGUUCUUAUAAGAAUUAGACUUAUUUCGGGCGAAGCGUUUUUAGUGGCAAUCUUUUUCUAAGAAGCGGCGAUUCACACAAAGAAAUCUUUUGUCUUGCGUCCACCUCAGUUGCCUUUGGUCAAAAAUGGACACCUUUAUUCGUCAGGCAGAUUCAGUAACAGAAUUCGAAUCUGACUACAACUCUAUGCAGCCAUCAGAGCACACAAAGCACUCCUUAACUUUCCAAAAGGAUGAAUUAAAGGCUCUGUGGGAAAAGGUAAAAGGGUCUUAUGAUGAACUUUGCGCAUCAAAAGAGCUCGAAACCAAAGACCUGGCAGCAAUUAAAAAGAAGUAUAAAAGCACCUACUUCAGUUUUUUGCGGUGCCAAGCAGCAAUGGCUGAUCUUUCAGAGCAACUCGCAAAGACUGAAAAGGAAAGCGAAUACAAGUCAGGUCGCGAGCUUAAUAUUCAUCUCCCUCCUUGCGACACAGACAUUUUUAAAGGAGAUUAUCUUUCGUGGCCAUCGUUUAGGGAUAUGUUUACGGCUAUAUACAUUCUAAAUAAGCGCCUUACCCCAGUUGAGAAGCUGUAUCACCUCCGGCAAAAAACUCAGGGGGAGGCCAAGGAAAUAGUGCAGAGAUCCCCAUUAACCAACGAUGGCUUUGGUGCGGCCUGGAAAAAUCUUUGUGACAGGUACGAAAAUAAACGUAUCCUGGUCAAUGCCCAAUUAAAGGUAUUAUUUAAUUUAAACGCAGUUGAGAGUGAAUGCGGUAGCUCCAUCAAGAAACUGCAACGCGACAUAAAUAAUUGCAUCUCGUCGCUUCAGUGUCAUCAGAUUGAUGUUUCAAAUUGGGAUGCAAUAUUCACAUAUUUGUGUUCGACAAAACUGCCAGAAACGACACUGGCACUAUGGGAGCAAACCAUAGAAAAUAAAACUGAGAUUUCCAAAUGGGUAGAUAUGGAUAAAUUCCUAUCCAAUCGGUUUCAAACACUGGAAACCGUGACAGGUCUUAGGGGAGAUAUAGUUUCGAAACCUAAACCACCAAGCUCUCGGAAUUCUGCAGAGACGCCUGCAAAAAAGCUUGGCGCCUUUCAAGCCAGUGUAGCAAAGGCAACAUGUAAAAUGUGCAACAGCAAUGUACACAAGCUAUCAAAGUGCGACAGAUUUUUGCGUCUAAAGCCGACGGAGCGAGUAGAUUACGUGAAGAGCAUUCGCAGUUGCUUGAAUUGUUUAUCUGCUGGGCACACAGUCUCAAGAUGUACCAGCUCAUUUAACUGCAGCACUUGUCAUUCGAGACAUCACAAGUUGCUCCAUAUGCCAAUUCAGCCAAAAGCGACAACUGAUCCAUCGGGUAGCGUGGAAUCUACUCCAAACCAGGCUCAAUCAAGACGCGAAUCUGAAAAAGGAAACAUCAAAUCGGUUACAAAUGUAAAUUCUUGUUACGCAAAUACAAGUAAAGGAGUUUUGUUAGGAACAGCACGCGUAAACAUACACUAUAAUGGUAUACAUUUUUCGGCUAGAGCGCUUAUAGAUUCUGGUUCUGAGUGCUCGUUCAUUACUGAGAGACUCAAACGGAGAAUCAACCUGCCAUCAAAACGCUUGCAUGCCCAAGUUUCGGGCAUCAAUAACUCUGUAUCUGCGCAGGUAAAAGAAGCGUGUGCUAUUCAACUUCGGUCACCCACAGACCCGUUAAUUAAUAUAGAAGCAAUUGUGCUGGUUUUACCACAAUUAACCGGGGAUCUUCCGACUUGUCAGAUAAGCGCAAUGACGCGGCAAUCGUUCCCAGACUUGGUCUUGGCGGACAAAAGAUUCUUCGUCAAUGAGCCAGUUGACCUGGUCUUAGGAGGAGAUAUUUACCCGCAAAUAAUUUUAAGCGGAAUGAGGAAGAACGUAUUAAAUACGCUUCUCGCGCAAGAGACCGUGUUCGGUUGGAUACUGACUGGUCGCGCGGAUUCAGUCAGUCCAACUAACAAUAUCGUAUCGUAUUUUAACGAAGUCACGUUGGACAAGCAGCUAGCUGCAUUUUGGGAGCUGGAGGAUGUCCCAAAGAAAAAAGGCAUCAACGAAGAUGAUAAAUACUGCGAAGAGCUCUUCAAAGCAACUACAACACGAAAUACCGAUGGAAAAUACAUUGUGUCUCUACCUUUUAAACGGGAUUUUCCGAAAAAUGUGUGCUUAGGACCUUCGAUGAAAAGUGCAUGCUCUCAGUUCUACCGGAACGAGACGCGACUAGCGAAAAAGCCUGUCCUUCAAACAGAGUACAACCGGGUUGUAUCUGAAUACGAGACACUAGCACAUAUGUCAAAAAUUAACAAAAACAUUUCACCAGAUUCAACGGACUGCUAUUUUUUACCGCACCACGCCGUUUUAAAGGAAGAAAGUACCACUACAAAGGUCAGGGUUGUAUUCAACGCAUCAUGCCCAACCGCUAAUGGCAUGAGUUUGAAUGAUGUCCUCCUUCCAGGUCCUGUACUUCAGGCCGAUUUAACGAUCCUCAUACUCCGUUGGAGACUGUUCCAAUACGUCUUCAACAGCGAUAUAGAGAAAAUGUAUCGGCAAAUAUUUGUAAAUGAGAAUCAAACGAAAUAUCAGCGCAUAGUUUUUCGCACCUGCCCAAGAGAACCAAUUAGCUUAUACGAAUUAAAAACGGUGACUUUUGGCAUCAACUGUGCUCCUUAUCUCGCGAUAAGGACAUUGCAUGAACUAGCUGAUGAGGUCGAGAGCUCGUUUCCAAUCGCAUCCGAAAUUUUGCGAAAGUGUAUGUACGUGGACGACGUACUUGCUGGAGGACACAGCAUCGGAGCAGCGAUUAAAGCUCGAGAAGAAAUACUACAGGUACUGGAUUCAGCAGGGUUCCCGUUAAGAAAGUGGACUUCGAACUCCAGUAAAAUACUUGAAGGUAUACCGAAAUCUCAUUUACUCACCGACGAUUUUCUAGAGUUUGAAGAGUCUAGUACGGUAAAAGCACUUGGCAUCAGAUGGAAUGCCAAAUCUGACUACUUCUAUUUCACAGCAAAACCAAUAGAAAAUCGUGACGUCAUCACUAAAAGAGCGAUACUUUCAGCUAUCGCCAAACUGUUUGACCCGCUCGGUUGGCUCGCUCCAGUGGUAAUUGUCGCCAAGAUCAUUAUGCAAAAUAUUUGGUUGGAGGGAACUGGUUGGGACGAUACCGUGUCUCCGACCACAUUAGACCGUUGGCAGGCAUUUAUGCACGACUACAUGGACAUUAAUACCAUUCGCAUACCAAGAUGGGUUCACUUUACGCAAACAGAUGACGCCGAAAUACAUGGAUUCAGCGACGCUUCGGAGAAAGCAUACGCGGCGACUGUUUUCUUGAGAGUUAAGACUGCGGAAAAAGUUGUGGUCAGCCUUCUAAUGGCAAAAACAAAGGUAGCGCCCGUCAAAACAGUAUCGUUACCCCGUUUAGAACUUUGCGGCGCAGUUUUGCUUUCGGAAACCGUAGAAGCGGUCGUCGAAAAUCUGAGUCUUGGACAUUUGAAAAUAAAUCUCUGGACAGAUUCGACAAUAGUCCUCGCAUGGAUCCGGAAACCACCGUGUUCGUGGUCAACUUUCGUUGCUCACCGAAUAACAAAAAUUGUAGACAAGGUGGGAACCGAAAACUGGCGUCAUGUGGAUUCGGCAUCAAACCCAGCAGAUCUGGCGAGUAGAGGACUUUCGGCGAGUGAUCUAGUCAACAACUCCUUGUGGUGGCAGGGUCCUUCUUGGUUACAAGAAGACUAUUCGAGAUGGCCAGCACAAGAAUCGGACUUUGACACAACCAUUGAAGAAAAAAGGGUGCAUGUUCAUGCAACAACAAAAGUAAAAGACUUUCACGACAUUCUCGAUCGAUUUUCUGAUUUAUCACGGGCUUUGAGAGUUAUAUCUUAUAUUAUGAGAUUCUAUCAAAGAAUCAAUCCCAAAACGAAAUCUUCCUUUAAAGCGGAGUGUCGUUCAAUUUCGGCCAACGAAAUUAAAACAACGACCCAACGCUUAAUAACAAUUUGUCAAAAACAAUAUUACAGCGAAGAAUAUACAAGGUUAAAAUCUGGAAAAUCCAUCGACGGAAAAAGUGAAAUCCUGCCUCUUAACCCGUUCAUCGACAAAGAUGAGAUUCUGAGGGCUGGUGGUCGUCUGAGCGCAUCUAGCGAUCUGUCCUACAAUGAACGUCAUCCUAUCAUUCUUCCGUAUGGUUGUAGGAUGUCCCGUCUCUUGGUCCAGUUUAUCCAUAAAAUUUCCGUGCACGGAGAAAACCAGCUGAUGCUGCGACUUAUCCGAUCGCAGUAUUGGAUUCCCAGAGUGAAAAACUUGAUACGGUCCGUCAUACAUAACUGCAAGGUCUGCACGAUCCACAAGAAACGGUCGCAAACUCAACUUAUGGGAAUCCUUCCCAAAGAACGCACAACCUUUUCCCGUGCAUUCACAAACACGGGGGUGGAUUUCGCGGGCCCGUUCGACAUCAAGUCCUACCGGGGCAGAGGAUGUCGCAUGUCAAAAGGCUACGUCUGUCUCUUCGUCUGUUUCUCGACGAAAGCCAUUCACCUUGAAGCUACCAGCGACCUUAGCACCGCGUCCUUUCUAGCCGCUUUCGCAAGAUUCGUUGCUAGACGAGGAUGUCCAAAAAACGUUUACUCCGACAAUGGUACUAACUUUGUCGGAGCCUCACGAUCUUUACGAUCGGAAUUCAAAGCAUUUUUAGCUGAGGCACGCAAUAGCACCCUCACUAAGUACAGCCAUCAAGCCUUAGAGUGGCAUUUCAUACCCGCUGCGGCCCCUCACAUGGGCGGUUUGUGGGAAGCUGGGGUGAAAAGUUUCAAAACCCACUUUAAAAAGGUCGCGUCCGACCACAAAUAUACUUUUGAAGAGUUCACCACACUCUUAUGCCGUAUUGAGUCUUGUCUCAACUCACGACCACUAAGCCCCUCUUCAAACGAACCGUCUGACCUGGAGCCGCUUACCCCCGGUCAUUUUCUGGUCGGCGGGCAUCUUCUUGCCCCACCCGAAAUCGAUGUAAAUGAAAGUCCAGCCUCAAUCGUAAAUCGAUGGCAGAAACUGAAGGCCCUACACCAGACAUUCUGUAGGAGAUGGAAAAUGGAAUACCUCACCGAGAUGCAGAAACGCAUCAAGUGGAAACAUCCACAAACCAACUUAAAGCUAGGAGACCUUGUCGUCAUUAAAGAGGAAAACCUGCCACCAAACGAAUGGAGAUUGGGUAGAAUAGUCAAGCUACAUCCAGGUUCCGACAACCGAGUAAGAGUAGUCGACAUCGAAACAGCUAAGGGAGAAAUCAGAAGGCCAAUUGCAAAAUUGGUCCUACUUCCGCCCUACAACGAAAAUAGCACCACCUCGCAGUAA